AUGGAAAAUCAGAGAUUGGCGUCUUCCAUCCUGCAGCCUCUGGCGUCUGGACCCAAAACCACAACUUCUACCGCCUCGGUAACACGCCAGAAGAGAGGGCGGGCGUCUUAUCUGUACGACCGCAAUGGAAAACGUCUGCGUGGGUUAAAAGGCGAGGCGGCAAAACUCAUGCAAGACCAUCGCUUUUUUAGCAGCGAGGAGGAAAUUCACCAUCUCGAACAGGCUCUCGCGGUAGGACAACGCUCCUUGGAAACUUCAAUGGAGGCCGGUGACAGUGGAGUGGGCGGGGUAGGAACACACAAACUACCGACUUUGCCUGAUAUGUUUGGGGUCAUUUCACCCACGGCCACAGGAGGAGGGACAGUGGAGACAAUGAAUGGUGAAAACGUGGCCCAUGGUUCGCUGGUACCACCCAUGCAUCGCUGGUCACUUGUGCAGCAGCGUCAUGUCACCAUAGGCUCGGCGUCUCAAAGAACCGACGGUCCUGAUGCUCCGUCACUGGAGUUGCGUUGUAUUAGCACCUCCGGUUAUCGCUGGGCACGGGCUGAUGCGCUGCUAGUCGAGAAUGCACUCAUGUCUGCCAUGCUGACAGAAAAGGAAGAAGGGGGAGAAGGUGAAGGUGAAAAGGAUGGUGGCGAUAGUGGCGGUGAUUGGACGUGUGGGCAAGGGAAUCUUCCUGGUGCGUGGUUGACGCAUCUCCUCUCUGUUCCCCCAGAGGUGGGACUCUCUGUCCUUCACUCUUCCACUGGACCCUCUCCCUUCGCAUUCCUUACCGUGUCCCCGGAGGAGUACGCGACAUUGGGGCUGGGCAAUGACAUGUAUCAGCCGGCCGUACUCCCAGAUGAAGGCAGCGAUCCCGACACUGUGAAAUGGCGUUUUGAUUAUGCGUCCACGUGUAAAUUGCUGGAACUCUACGAGCGGUUUGGUAAUUUUGUCGUGGUCGCCGACCGAUGGCGGUACAGCAAUUCCCGUGAAAACGGGGCAUUCCAAUCGUCCGAGGGAGUGGGGACGACGUCGCUGGAAACAAAUGUUCCCACGCCGCCUGUCGAAGUGUUGAUGGAAAGAUAUAAACUUGUCUCAGAGGCGGUUUUGCGCUACCGGCUUCGUCUCCUGCAGGAGGUGCUGAAGGACGAGGAUGGCAGGGAUGAGGCCACCGCAGGCCCGUCCUCCUCUUGCAAGUCAAAACCCUCAACGAGUGGCUUGCGAGUGAAGCCAGCGGAAGAGCGCGCUCUGCCGUCAGCCCAUCCGCUGACUUCACUAAUGGAGAAGCACCCUGUCCUGGUGGCACAGCGGACGCGGCAGGAGUGGCUCACGCAAAGGUACAGGGAACUCCGUCAAAGCAAUGGCACGGAGACUGCCCCCGAUGAAGAAAAAGAAAAAGAAGAAGAUGAAGUGGAUGAAACGGAUAUGCUUUCCAGGCAUAGGGCAGAUUUUCUGAAAAGAUUUCUAGAUUUGCCACUACCAUCGCAAGAGCAACUCACUCAGGCUGCGUGCAAGCGAAAUGAAGUUGAAAGCGACGUGUCACUUUUUGUACCCAGUUUUUUACCGCCUCCUGCAUCGCCCUUCUGGUAUGAUGGUCUGUUGGAACAAUCGCGGCGAAGGCGACUGCGUGAGAUCCUCAUGCGUGAAGCGGAGAUGAAUGUGCCUUACUUUAGGGCGUUAAUGGCAGAACGGCGUGUGUCAAGUCAAGCAACGGUGUUAUUUGACAAGCUACGAGUGUUGACGAGGGAUACCACGACCGCUGUUCAAGAAGAUGAGAAAACUUGUGCUGCAGAAGUCGAUGAAAGUGCAGAGAAAAAGGGGGGAAAUCUCGGACGAAAAGGGUUGUGCAAGAAGCGUAAGAAGAAAAAGCAGCAACAAUUGGCAGAUGCCAUGGGGGAGGACAGCUACCAGGGCAUUCAGGAGGAGGUCUCUCGCAUCCCUUUGCAAUGUGAAAGACUCAGGCUGUGCGUGCAGGCAGGCUGGUUUUUACCGCCACCCGAAGGUGACGUUGGUGGGAAAUCCACCGGCAGUAGUGCGGCGGCAAAUCGGGCACUCAGUAAUUUUUCAGAGGCUCUUUUACUGUCUUUGCCGCCAUCCGUGCCGCGUCUUCACUUGGGAGUGGAGCAUGAACUAGAAAAGCACUUGUGGGAAGAUCACCGGGCUUUGUGUGACGAUGAUGCGGAGGUGCAGCAGCUAUUAUGUGAGGCACGUGUGCUCUAUACACAGAAUCUUGUCCUCCGUCGCUUCUCCGGAAGAUGCGGAGUGUUGGAGGCGUCAUUAAAAAAACUGGCGAGUGAGGCAGCUGCCAUGGAGAUGUAUUGA